AAACAAAAAAAGCGUAAGAAAACAAAAAGACCCACUUUCAACACAACACUAUACGAAUUGGUAUUCAUAAGCACAUACGCUACAAAUAUAGAAACCCCAACAUCCCAAACGACGGCUUCAAUAAUAUUAACGACAGUUACAACAGAAACAUUAAAAGAGUCGUCGAUUGAAUAUAUCUCUGAGUCACUUCACUUAAUAAAGUCAACACAAGUUAAAAAAAUCAAGCCAAUUCUUAAUAAAACCUUAUCAGCAAUAACUACGGCGGAGACAAUACUACCAUCAGAUAUUUCAUUAUAUUCGCCAAAAUUUUCACACACAUCGAAGAGUACUUUCGAAACUUCAAUUUCAAAUAAAACAUUCUUAGCAGAAACAUCAAUGGAGUCGUCAAUGAAAUUUGUUUUUGAACCCCUUACUUCAACGGCGGUAAUUAAAGUUGAAGAAACUUUACGACCCUUACACGUUACGUCGUCACCAAUGGUUUCGGCAUUGACAACAUCUACAUUUGUUUCUCAAUUAUAUUCCCCAAUGUCUUCACUUACAUCGCAAAGCACAUUCGGGUCUCAGAUUUCACUGAGUUCGGUUACAACAGUAUCCAUAUUGGGAUCGUCGACUGAACAUACCUCUAGAUCAAUAAGUUUAAUGACAUCAUCUCAAGAUGAAGAAACUGAGACUUCUGUUAUUAUAACAUUGUCAGCGAUAAUCUCGAAGAGGACUAUAUCACCUACUAAUUUUUCAUUAUAUUCGCCAAUAAUUUCAUAUACAUCUGGAACAUUGCUUGGGUCUUCAGUUGCAAAUAUAAUGAGGUUACCAGAAACAUCAAUGAAGUACUCAUCGGAAUUUAUUUCAGAACCUUUUAUUUCAACAGCGUUAAUUGAAGGUGAAGAAACUGGACGUCCUCUAAAUAUCACAUCGCCAUCAUUGGCAACGUCUACACUUGUUUCUUUAUUAUAUUCACCAAUGUUUUCAUUUACAUCAGAAACCACUUUCGGUUCUCAAGAUUCACUAACAACUGUUACAACAGAAUCUACAUUGGAGUCUUCUACUGAAUUUAUUCCUAAAUCAAUAAGUUUAAUGACGUCAACUCGAGUUGAAGAAACUGAGACUUCUGUUAAUGAAGCAUUGUCAGCGAUAUUUCCGACGACGACUCUAUCACCUAUUGAUACUUCAUUAUAUUCGCCAAUAUUUUCAUAUACAUAUGGAACAUCGUUUGGGUCUUCAGUUUCAAAUAUAACGGGGUUACUAGAAACAUCAAUGGAGUUCUCAACGGAAUUUAUUUCUAAACCUUUUAUUUCAACAGUGUUAACUGAAGGUGAAGAAACUGAACGUCCUCUAAAUAUCACAUCGCCAUCAUUGGCAACGUCUACAUUUGUUUCUUUAUUAUAUGCACCAAUGUUUUCAUUUACAUCAGAAACCUCUUUCGGUUCUCUGGAUUCACUAACAACUGUUACAACAGAAUCUACAUUGGAGUCUUCUACUGAAUUUAUUUCUAAAUCAAUAAGUUUAAUGACGUCAACUCAAGUUGAAGAAACUGAGACUUCUGUUAAUAUAACAUUGUCAGCGAUAAUCUCGAAGAGGACUAUAUCACCUACUAAUUUUUCAUUAUAUUCGCCAAUAAUUUCAUAUACAUCUGGAACAUUGCUUGGGUCUUCAGUUGCAAAUAUAACGAGGUUACCAGAAACAUCAAUGAAGUACUCAACGGAAUUUAUUUCAGAACCUUUUAUUUCAACGGCGUUAAUUGAAGGUGAAGAAACUGAACGUCCUCUAAAUAUCACAUCACCAUCAUUGGCAGCGUCUACAUUUGUUUCUUUAUUAUAUUCACCAACGGUUUCAUUCACAUCAGAAACCACUUUCGGUUCUCAAGUUUCACUAACAACUGUUACAACAGAAUCUACAUUGGAGUCUUCGACUGAAUUUAUUUCUAAAUCAAUAAGUUUAAUGACGUCAACUCGAGUUGAAGAAACUGAGAUUUCUGUUAAUGAAACAUUGUCAGCGAUAUUUCCGACGACGACUAUAUCACCUAUUGAUACUUCAUUAUAUUCGCAAAUAUUUUCAUAUACAUAUGGAACAUCGUUUGGGUCUUCAGUUUCAAAUAUAACGAGGUUACGAGAAACAUCAAUGGAGUUCUCAACGGAAUUUAUUUCAGAACAUUUUAUUUCAACAGUGUUAAUUGAAGGUGAAGAAACUGAACUUCCUCUAAAUAUCACAUUGUCAUCAAUGAUUUUGGCAGUGACAACAUCUACAUUUGUUUUUCAAUUUUAUUCACCAAUGUCUUCACUUACAUCGGAAACCACUUUCGGUUCUCUGGAUUCAUUAACAACUGUUACAACAGAACCCAUAUCAAAGUCUUCGACUGAAUCUAUUUCUAAAUCAAUAAGUUUAAUGACGUCAACUCAAAUUGAAGAAAUUGAGCAUUCUGUUAACAAAACAUUGUCAGCGAUAAUUUCGACGAGGACUAUAUCACCUACUAAUACUUCAUUAUAUUCGCCAAUAAUUUCAUAUACAUCCGGAACAUCGCUUGGGUCUUCAGUUUCAAAUAUAACGGGGUUACCAGAACCAUCAAUGGAGUACUCAACGGAAUUUAUUUCAGAACCUUUCAUUUCAACAGCGUUAAGUAAAGGUGAAGAAAGUAAGCGUCCUCUAAAUAUAACAUCGUCAUCAAUGAGAUCGGCAUUGACAACGUGUACAUUUGUUUCUCUAUUAUAUUCACCAACGGUUUCAUUCACAUCAGAAACCACUUUCAGUUCUCAAGUUUCACUAACAACUGGUACAACAGAAUCCGUAUUGGAGUCUUCGACUGAAUUUACCUCUAGAUCAAUAAGUUUAAUGACGUCAACUCAAGUUGAAGAAACUGAGACUUCUGUUAAUGAAACAUUGUCAGCGAUAUUUUCGACGAAGACUAUAUCACCUAUUGAUACUUCAUUAUAUUCGCCAAUAUUUUCAUAUACAUAUGGAACAUCGUUUGGGUCCUUAGUUGCAAAUAUAACGGGGUUACCAGAAACAUCGAUGGAGUACUCAACGGAAUUUAUUUCAGAACCUUUUAUUUCAACAGCGUUAACUGAAGGUGAAGAAACUGAACUUUCUCUAAAUAUCACAUCGUCAUCAAUGAUUUUGGCAGUGAGACCAUCUACAUUUGUUUCUCAAUUAUAUUCACCAAUGUCUUCACUUACAUCGGAAACCACUUUCGGUUCUCUGGUUUCAUUAACAACUGUUACAACAGAACCCAUAUCAAAGUCUUCGACUGAAUCUAUUUCUAAAUCAAUAAGUUUAAUGACGUCAACUCAAGUUGAAGAAACUGAGACUUCUGUUAAUAAAACAUUGUCAGCGAUAUUUUCGACAAAGACUAUAUUACCUACGGAUACAUUGUUAUAUUCGCCAAUAAUUUCGUAUAUAUUAAAAACCUCUUUUGGAUCUUCAGUUUCAAAUAUAACGGGGUUACCAGAAACAUCAAUUAAGUCGUCAACGGAAUUUUCUGAAGCCCUUAUUACAAGAGCGUUAACUGAAGUUGAAGAAACUAAACGACCUCUAAAUAUUACAACGUCAUCAAUGAUUUCGGCAGUGACAACAUCUACAUUUGUUUCUCAAUUUUAUUCACCAAUGUCUUCAUUUACAUCGCAAACCACUUUCGGUUCUCAGGAGUUGCUAACAACUCUUACAACAGAAUCCAUAUUGGAGUUGUCGACUGAAUUUAUUUCUAAAUCAACAAGUUUAAUAACGACAACUCAAGUUGAAGAAACUGAUACUUCUGUUAAUAAAACAUUGUCAUUAAUAAUUUCGACGAAGACAAUAUCACCAUCUGAUUCUUCGUUAAUUUCGCCAAUAUUUUCGUAUACAUCAGAAACCUCUUUUGGGUCUUCAGUUGCAAAUAUAACGAGGUUACCAGAAACAUCAAUUAAGUCUUCAACGGAAUUUUCUGAAGUCCUUAUUACAACAGCGUUAACUGAAUUUGAAGAAACUAAACGAUCUCUAAAUAUUACAACGUCAUCAAUGAUUUCGGCAGUGACAACAUCUACAUUUGUUUCUCAAUUUUAUUCACCAAUGUCUUCAUUUACAUCGCAAACCACUUUCGGUUCUCAGGAGUUGCUAACAACUCUUACAACAGAAUCCAUAUUGGAGUUGUUGACUGAAUUUAUUUCUAAAUCAACAAGUUUAAUGACGUCAAUUCAAGUUGAAGAAACUGAGACUUCUGUUAAUAAAACAUUGUCAUUAAUAAUUUCGACGAAGACAAAAUCACCAUCUGAUAGUUCGUUAAUUUCGUCAAUAUUUUCGUAUACAUUAGAAACCUCUUUUGGGUCUUCGGGUGCAAAUAUAACAGCGUUACCAGAAACAUCAAUUAAGUCUUCAACGGAAUUUUCUGAAGUCUUUAUUACAACAGCGUUAACUGAAGUUGAAGAAACUAAACGUACUCUAAAUAUUACAAUGUCAUCAAUGAUUUCGGCAAUGACAACAUCUACAUUUGUUUCUCAAUUAUAUUCACCAAUGUCUUCACUUACAUCGAAAAUUACUUUUGGUUCUCAAGUUUCACUGAAAACUAGUACAACAGAAUCCGUAUUGGAGUCUUCGACUGAAUUUACCUCUAGAUCAAUAAGUUUAAUGACGUCAACUCAAGUUGAAGAAACUGAACCUUCUGUUAAUAAAACAUUGCCGGCGAUAAUUUCGACGAAGACAAUAUCACCAUCUGAUACUUCCUUAAUUUCGUCAAUAUUUUCGUAUACAUCAGAAACCUCUUUUGGGUCUUCAGGUGCAAAUAUAACGGGGUUACCAGAAACAUCAAUUAAGUCUUCAACGGAAUUUUCUGAAGUCCUUAUUACAACAGCGUUAACUGAAGUUGAAGAAACUAAACGAUCUCUAAAUAUUACAACGUCAUCAAUGAUUUCGGCAAUGACAACAUCUACAUUUGUUUCUCAAUUUUAUUCACCAAUGUCUUCAUUUACAUCGCAAACCACUUUCGGUUCUCAGGAGUUGCUAACAACUCUUACAACAGAAUCCAUAUUGGAGUUGUCGACUGAAUUUAUUUCUAAAUCAACAAGUUUAAUGACGACAACUCAAGUUGAAGAAACUGAGACUUCUGUUAAUAAAACAUUGUCAGCGAUAAUUUCGACGAAGACUAUAUCACCAUCUGAUACUUCGUUAAUUUCGUCAAUAUUUUCGUAUACAUUAGUAACCUCUUUUGGGUCUUCAGGUGCAUAUAUAACGGGGUUACCAGAAACAUCAAUUAAGUCGUCAACGGAAUUUUCUGAAGUCCUUAUUAAAACAGCGUUAACUGAAGUUGAAGAAACUAAACGACCUCUGAAUAUUACAUCGUCAUCAAUGAGAUCGGCAGUGACUACAUCUACAUUUGUUUCUCAAUUAUAUUCACCAAUGUCUUUAUUUACAUCGCAAACCACUUUCGGUUCUCAGGAGUUGCUAACAAAUCUUACAACAGAAUCCAUAUUGGAGUUGUCGACUGAAUUUAUUUCUAAAUCAACAAGUUUAAUAACGACAACUCAAGUUGAAGAAACUGAUACUUCUGUUAAUAAAACAUUGUCAUUAAUAAUUUCGACGAAGACAAUAUCACCAUCUGAUUCUUCGUUAAUUUCGCCAAUAUUUUCGUAUACAUCAGAAACCUCUUUUAGGUCUUCAGUUGCAAAUAUAACGAGGUUACCAGAAACAUCAAUUAAGUCUUCAACGGAAUUUUCUGCAGUCCUUAUUACAACAGCGUUAACUGAAUUUGAAGAAACUAAACGAUCUCUAAAUAUUACAACGUCAUCAAUGAUUUCGGCAGUGACAACAUCUACAUUUGUUUCUCAAUUUUAUUCACCAAUGUCUUCAUUUACAUCGCAAACCACUUUCGGUUCUCAGGAGUUGCUAACAACUCUUACAACAGAAUCCAUAUUGGAGUUGUCGACUGAAUUUAUUUCUAAAUCAACAAGUUUAAUGACGGCAACUCAAGUUGAAGAAACUGAGACUUCUGUUAAUAAAACAUUGUCAUUAAUAAUUUCGACGAAGACAAUAUCACCAUCUGAUACUUUCUUAAUUUCGCCAAUAUUUUCGUAUACAUUAGAAACCUCUUUUGGGUCUUCAGGUGCAAAUAUAACGAGGUUACCAGAAACAUCAAUUAAGUCGUCAACGGAAUUUUCUGAAGUCCUUAUUACAACAGCGUUAACUGAAGUUGAAGAAACUAAACGACCUCUAAAUAUUACAACGUCAUCAAUGAUUUCGGCAGUGACAUCUACAUUUGUUUCUCAAGUUUAUUCACCAAUGUCUUCAUUUACAUCGCAAACCACUUUCGGUUCUCAGGAGUUGCUAACAACUCUUACAACAGAAUCCAUAUUGGAGUUGUCGACUGAAUUUAUUUCUAAAUCAACAAGUUUAAUGACGACAACGCAAGUUGAAGAAACUGAGACUUCUGUUAAUAAAACAUUGUCAUUAAUAAUUUCGACAAAGACAAUAUCACCAUCUGAUUCUUCGUUAAUUUCGUCAAUAUUUUCGUAUACAUUAGUAACCUCUUUUGGGUCUUCAGGUGCAAAUAUAACGAGGUUACCAGAAACAUCAAUUAAGUCGUCAACGGAAUUUUCUGAAGUCCUUAUUACAACAGCGUUAACUGAAGUUGAAGAAACUAAACGACCUCUAAAUAUUACAACGUCAUCAAUGAUUUCGGCAGUAACUACAUCUACAUUUGUUUCUCAAUUAUAUUCACCAAUGUCUUCACGUACAUCGCAAACCACUUUCGGUUCUCAGGAGUUGCUAACAACUCUUACAACAGAAUCCAUAUUGGAGUUGUCGACUGAAUUUAUUUCUAAAUCAACAAGUUUAAUGACGACAACUCAAGUUGAAGAAACUGAGACUUCUGUUAAUAAAACAUUGUCAUUAAUAAUUUCGACGAAGACAAUAUCACCAUCUGAUACUUCGUUAAUUUCGCCAAUAUUUUCGUAUACAUUAGAAACCUCUUUUGGGUCUUCAGGUGCAAAUAUAACGAGGUUACCAGAAACAUCAAUUAAGUCGUCAACGGAAUUUUCUGAAGUCCUUAUUACAACAGCGUUAACUGAAGUUGAAGAAACUAAACGACCUCUAAAUAUUACAUCGUCAUCAAUGAGAUCGGCAGUGACUACAUCUACAUUUGUUUCUCAAUUAUAUUCACCAAUGUCUUUAUUUACAUCGCAAACCACUUUCGGUUCUCAGGAGUUGCUAACAACUCUUACAACAGAAUCCAUAUUGGAGUUGUCGACUGAAUUUAUUUCUAAAUCAACAAGUUUAAUAACGACAACUCAAGUUGAAGAAACUGAUACUUCUGUUAAUAAAACAUUGUCAUUAAUAAUUUCGACGAAGACAAUAUCACCAUCUGAUUCUUCGUUAAUUUCGUCAAUAUUUUCGUAUACAUUAGUAACCUCUUUUGGGUCUUCAGGUGCAAAUAUAACGGGGUUACCAGAAACAUCAAUUAAGUCGUCAACGGAAUUUUCUGAAGUCCUCAUUACAACAGCGUUAACUGAAGUUGAAGAAACUAAACGAUCUCUAAAUAUUACAACGUCAUCAAUGAUUUCGACAGUGACAACAUCUGCAUUUGUUUCUCAAUUAUAUUCACCAAUGUCUUCAUUUACAUCGCAAACCACUUUCGGUUCUCAGGAGUUGCUAACAACUCUUACAACAGAAUCCAUAUUGGAGUUGUUGACUGAAUUUAUUUCUAAAUCAACAAGUUUAAUGACGUCAACUCAAGUUGAAGAAACUGAGACUUCUGUUAAUAAAACAUUGUCAGCGAUAAUUUCGACGAAGACAAUAUCACCUUCUGAUACAUCGUUAUAUUCGCCAAUAAUUUUGUAUACAUCAGAAACCUCUUUUGGGUCUUCAGGUGCAAAUAUAACGAGGUUACCAGAAACAUCAAUCAAAUCGUCAACGGAAUUUUCUGAAGCCCUUAUUACAACAGCGUUAACUGAAGUUGAAGAAACUAAACGACCUCUAAAUAUUACAACGUCAUCAAUGAUUGCGGCAGUAACAUCUACAUUUGAUUCUCAAUUUUAUUCACCAAUGUCUUCAUUUACAUCGCAAACCACUUUCGGUUCUCAGGAGUUGCUAACAACUCUUACAACAGAAUCCAUAUUGGAGUUGUCGACUGAAUUUAUUUCUAAAUCAACAAGUUUAAUGACGACAACUCAAGUUGAAGAAACUGAGACUUCUGUUAAUAAAACAUUGUCAGCGAUAAUUUCGACGAAGACAAUAUCACCAUCUGAUACUUCCUUAAUUUCGUCAAUAUUUUCGUAUACAUUAGAAACCUCUUUUGGGUCUUCAGGUGCAAAUAUAACGGGGUUACCAGAAACAUCAAUUAAGUCGUCAACGGAAUUUUCUGAAGUCCUUAUUACAACAGCGUUAACUGAAGUUGAAGAAACUAAACGACCUCUAAAUAUUACAACGUCAUCAAUGAGAUCGGCAUUGACAACGUCUACAUUUGUUUCUCUAUUAUAUUCACCAAUGUCUUCAUUUACAUCAGAAACCACUUUCGGUUCUCAGGUUUCAUUGACAACGGUCUCAACAAAAUCCUUGUUGGAGUUGUCGACUGAAUUUAUUUCUAAAUCAACAAGUUUAAUAACGACAACUCAAGUUGAAGAAACUGAGACUUCUGUUAAUAAAACAUUGUCAUCAUUAAUUUCAACGCAGACAAUAUCACCAUCUGAUACUUCCUUAAUUUCGUCAAUAAUUUCGUAUACAUCAGAAACCUCUUUUGGGUUUUCAGUUACAAAUAUAACGGGGUUACCGGAAACGCCAAUUAAGUCAUCUACGGUAUUUAUUUCUAAACCUUUUAUUUCAACGGCGUUAACUAAGGGUAAGACAACUGAGCGAUCCCUAAAUAUUUCAUCGUUAUCAAUGAUUUCGGCAGUGGCUACAUCUACAUUUGUUUCUCAAUUAUAUUCACCAAUGUCUUUGCUUACAUCAGAAACCGCUUUCGGUUCUCAAAUUUCACCAACAGCGGUAAUAACUACUACGAAGUCUGCACCUGAAUCUGUACUGAAAACACUCAGUUUAAACGUAUCAGUUACAACUAUGGCAAAGUUUUCAUCUGCAACGUCAUCAUAUAUUACUGCUGUAUCUUCAUCUACCAUUGAAGAGUAUUUAAGUACAAAUGUAUCAUUGACUAAAGGAACAUAUCUUCAAAAUCAACAAUUUUUAAGUGAAUAUGUAGAUGAAAUAGGUAAAGUAGAGUUGAUGGUUCCUAAAAAUAUGCCGCAAACUCCUAUAAAAUUGUUGGGCAACUUAAUAGAAAUAAUACAUAAAAUAACACGGAAAUGGCGUAAAGAAAAACCGGAUAAGCCUACGCAAAACGAAACAUCAACAACCAAAAUUCAAACACCUGUACAUAAAUCUUCAAAAAAAUCUACAUUCAGAAGAUCGUCUAAAAAAAGUGCAAGAAGUUCGACUAAAACAACCUCACCGUUUUCCGUGAAAACAACUGAAACACUUACAUCAACUAAUACAGAAACAGAAAAAAAGGGAGUGCUGGAAUUUGAAGUUAAAGAAACAAAAAGCUUCACAAAGGCUGUACAGUUUACAAGAAGACCUUUUCUUUGGUCAAGUACACAUAGCAUAACCUUAUCUAUCAAAGAAAAAGAAACAACAACACCUUCAAGCACCACAUCACCACCGGAUAUUACAAUUGCAGUGACUUCGUUCUUGACUUCAGUAAUAUCACCAUCAACUAUUACAUCGGUAGAGGAAGAGAAAGAAACGGGUGCGCUGGACUUUGAAAUUGUUAUGGAAACAAAACGCCUAACAAGGAUGCUAAAUUUGACAACUCUAACUAAAAUUAUUCUAUUAUCUCCGAUCUCCGAAACAAAAACAUCACCCUGCACUACACCAUUACCUACGUUUCAUGUAACUACUACGAAACCUGCAACUGAGACUUUACUAAAAAUAUUUAGUUCGUUUGUGUCAACUACUGUUGAAGAAGAAAGAACUUCACUUGUUACAACACCAUCACCGGACAUAUUACCCACAAUAACUACCUUCCUGACUGCCGUCACUUCAUCUUUCAUUACAUUUACUUCCGAAACCCAUCCUAAUAUAUCAGUAUCACAGUUUAAAAUCAACAUUAUUGUAACUACUAUAAAGUCCGCAACUGAAUCUAUGUCGACAGAACUUAGUGCAAUUGAAUCUACAUCACCACUAAAGAUCUCACCUACAAUAACUUCUUUUCUAACCUCCGUGACUUUAUCUUUAAUCACAUUCACUUCUGAAAGUCCUCCUAGUAUAUCGGUAUCACUGUUGGAAACUAGCAUUACUGUAACUACUAUGAAGCUCGUUACUGAAUCUGUACUCAAAACAGUUAGCGCAGAUCAAUUUCUUACCGUAGAAGAAACAAAAUCAUUGUUAAUUGUUACAUCACCACCACAUAUCUCACCUACAAUAACUUCUUUCCUAACAUCACAGUUGGAAACCAGCAUUAGUGUAACUACUAUGAAGUCCACAACUGAAUCUAUGUCGACAGAACUUAGUGCAAUUGAAUUAUCUACAGUAGAAGAAACAAAAUCAUCGUUAAGUGCUACAUCAGCACUAAAUAUCUCACAUACACUAAUUUAUUUUCUAACUUCUGUCACUUCACCUUUAAUCACAUUCACUUCUGAAAGUCCUACUAGUAUAUCGGUAUCACAGUUGGAAGCUAACAUGACUGUAACUACUAUGAAGUCCGCAACUGAAUCUGUACUCAAAACAGUUAGCGCAGAUGAAGUUCUUACCGUAGAAGAAACAAUAUCAUCGUUAAGUGUUACAUCACCACCACAUAUCUCACCUACAAUAACUUCUUUCCUAACUUCACAAUUAGAAACCAGCAUUGUUAUAACUACUAUGAAGUCCGUAAAUGAGUCUAUGUCGACAGAACUUAGUGCAAUUGAAUUAUCUACAGUAGAAGAAACAAAAUCAUCGUUAAGUCUUACAUCACCACUAAAUGUCUCACCUACAAUAACUUCUUCUCCAACCUCUGUCAUUUCACAUUUAAUCACAUUCACUUCGGAAAGUCCUCCUAAUAUAUCAAUAUCACAGUUGGAAACUAGCAUUACUGUAACUACUGUGAAGUCCGCAACUGAAUCUAUGUCGACACAACUUAGUGCAAUUGAAUCUACAGUAGAAGACACAAAAUCUUCGUCAGGUGUUUCAUCAGCACUAAAUGUCUCACCUACAAUAACUUCUUCUCUAACCUCUGUCAUUUCACCUUUAAUCACAUUCACUUCGGAAAAUCCUCAUAAUAUAUCAGUAUCACAGGUGGAAACUAGCAUUACUGUAACUACUGUGAAGUCCACAACUCAAUCUAUGUCGAGAGAACUUAGUGCAAUUGAAUCUACAGUAGAAGAAACAAAAUCAUCGUUAAGUCUUACAUCGCCACUAAAUGUCUCACCUACAAUAACUUCUUCUCUAACCUCUGUCACUUCACCUUUAAUCACAUUCACUUCGGAAAGUCCUCCUAAUAUAUCAGUAUCACAGUUGGAAACUAGCAUUACUGUAACUACUGUGAAGUCCGCAACUGAAUCUAUGUCGACACAACUUAGUGCAAUUGAAUCUACAGUAGAAGAAACAAAAUCAUCGUUAAGUGUUACAUCAGCACUAAACGUCUCACCUACAACAACUUCUUCUCUAACUUCUGUCACUUCACCUUUAAUCACAUUCACUUCGGAAAGUCCUUCUAGUAUAUCGGUAUCACAGUUGGAAACCAGCAUUGCUGUAACUACUGUGAAGUCCGCAACUGAAUCUAUGUCGACACAACUUAGUGCAAUUGAAUCUACAGUAGAAGAAAUAUCAAUCAUCCGUUAA